AUGAGCUUAACCAGGACCUUGGGACGCCCGCUACUCGUUAACGGGUCCUUGGUAAGGCCCCUGUUGUGUCGAGUUCCGGCCUUGGCGUUAGGCACCAGAAGAGCACUUUUACAAACUAAGCUUUAUUCCACAAGAGGUUCUGAUGCGGACACGCCAUCUGACAAGUCAGAAACAGGGCCUCUUCAUUCUGGAGCCAUUGGAGCUUCUAGUGAAGUGUCAGGAAAACAGCCAGUGUCGCAUGCACUUUUGGCUCAUAAAGAGCAACUUGCUAACAAAGAUUUAAAUGAUUCAUCUGCCCAGGCUGAUUUUUACAAGCUUCUUUUGAACUCGGACUACCCUCAGUACGUGGUUUCAAGAUUUGAGACCCCCGGUAUCGCGUCGUCACAUGAAUGUAUGUCAUUGUACAUGGAAGCGCUGCAGAAAACCGGAAGACACGCCGACGCAGAUCUUGUAAAACAGUCCCUAUCAGGUGGUACCGCUGUUAACGCUCAAGCUGCUGAGGUGGGUCAGAAGCUCAACCCCGCGGGCUCAUCAGGCGCUGUCGGCUAUAAUCCCUUUAUGGGUUCUCGCAAGGAACCCUUGCAUGUGGUAGUUACUGAAUCAACAUUCACCAUUGUGUCCAGAUGGGUUAAAUGGCUAGUGGUAUUUGGCUUAUUAACCUACGGUGCCUCUGAAGGCUUGAAAUAUAUCACAGAGAACACCACGCUUUUGAAAUCAUCAGAAGUUGCAGAUAAAUCUGUAGAUGUUGCGAAAACUAAUGUUAAGUUUGAUGACGUUCGAGGAUGCGAAGAAGCCCGUGCCGAGUUGGAAGAAAUCGUUGAUUUUUUGAAGGAUCCAACUAAAUACGAGUCUUUAGGCGGUAAACUGCCUAAAGGUGUUCUGCUAACCGGUCCUCCAGGUACGGGUAAGACCUUAUUGGCCAGAGCAACUGCAGGUGAGGCCGGUGUUGACUUUUUCUUCAUGUCAGGUUCUGAAUUUGACGAAGUUUACGUUGGGGUUGGGGCGAAAAGAAUCCGUGAUUUAUUUUCCCAAGCAAGAACCCGUGCGCCGGCUAUUAUUUUCAUCGAUGAGCUAGAUGCUAUUGGUGGAAAACGUAAUCCUAAGGAUCAAGCUUAUGCCAAACAGACUCUGAAUCAACUUCUGGUGGAAUUGGACGGGUUUUCACAAAGCAGCGGGAUCAUUAUUAUUGGUGCCACAAAUUUCCCAGAAUCUUUGGACAAAGCCCUAACAAGACCGGGCAGAUUUGACAAAGUGGUUAAUGUUGACUUACCAGAUGUUAGGGGUCGUGCUGAUAUUUUGAAGCACCACAUGAAGAAGGUGACAUUGGCAUCUGAUGUAGAUCCUACGAUCAUUGCUAGAGGUACACCAGGGCUCUCCGGAGCGGAAUUGAUGAAUUUGGUAAAUCAGGCUGCCGUAUAUGCCUGCCAACGGAAUGCGAUCGCUGUUGACAUGAACCAUUUUGAAUGGGCCAAGGAUAAGAUUCUUAUGGGUGCCGAAAGGAAAACCAUGGUUCUUACCGAGGCUUCAAGAAAGGCAACUGCAUUUCAUGAGGCAGGACAUGCAAUAAUGGCAAUGUACACGCCCGGCGCAACACCACUUUAUAAGGCUACCAUUUUGCCAAGAGGCAGAGCCUUAGGUAUAACGUUUCAGCUACCAGAAAUGGAUAAGGUUGAUAUUACACGAAGAGAGUGCUUGGCACGUCUAGAUGUUUGCAUGGGGGGUAAAAUUGCAGAAGAGAUAAUAUAUGGUAGGGAAAACACCACCAGCGGUUGCGGAUCCGAUUUACAAAGUGCCACCAACACAGCUAGAGCUAUGAUCACUCAGUAUGGUAUGAGCGAGAAAGUCGGCCCUGUGAACCUUGCUGACAAGUGGGACAGCUGGUCUGGCAAGAUUCGGGACAUUGCGGACAACGAAGUCAUCGAGGUCUUAAAGAGUUCCGAGGAAAGGACAAGAAAAAUGCUCAACGAGAAGCACAAGGAGUUAGAGCGUCUUGCUAAGGGUUUAAUGGAGUACGAAACUCUAGAUUCACGUGAAAUUAAACUCGUCUGUCAAGGGGAGUCACUUUCUAAGGCCAAGAUGAUGACUAAUAAGGUCAUAGAAGGACCAGAUAGCGAUGAUAGAAAGGAGAGAGGCGACAAAUCGAAGAUUCCAGUUUUAAUAAAGGCAUGA